AUGCCCUCAACAGACGCCCCCGCGAGCCCCCCCACCGGCACCGCCGCCUCCGCGAUGCAGACCAUCCUCCAGACCGCCCAAGGAGACGGCAAGGCCGAAGACUGGCAGGCCUUCCUGAUCGAGACGAUGCGGUCCAUCUCCCCGCCCCUGGCCAAGAAGCUGCUCGAGCAGGUCGGCCUGAUACAGUCACAGACCAGCCCGCCGCCGUACCGGCUGCUCGAGCAAGGGUGCGGGUUGGGCGUCGUGGCGCCGCUGCUGCACGAGGCCGUCGGCGCCGGGGUGCGGGCGCAGAGCAGCGUGGUGUGCGGGGACUUUUCGGCGCCGCUGGUCGAGGCUGUCCGGGGGAGGAUGGGGAGCGAGGGGUGGGUUAAUUGCGAGGCGAGGGUGGUUGAUGCUACGGACUCGGGCCUCCCUUCUGAGAGCUUUACACACGUUGUCGGCAACAUAGUAUAUCAUACCAUCCCAAAUUCCAUGGCCGCGAUCAAAGACAGCAUCAGACUCCUCCAACCGGGCGGGACCUUGGGCCUCACAACCUGGCACAGCCAGAACGGCGCGUGGGUGUGCGAUGUCCGCGAGGCCUUUGAUUCCCUCCCAGCGAGGCUGCUCCCGCAGGGUUACAGGUUCAACAUGCCAAUGAGCCUCUCAGACGAUGGCCACUGGGACAACGUCGACUGGGUCCGCGGGGCGCUCACCGAGCAAGGUCUGCUGGAUAUCCAGGUCGACGUGCUGGCGACUUUAACCCCUAUCAAGAGCCCCGAGCAUUUUAUGAAGACAAACGCCACAAUGAUCGAGUACUGUGCGAAAUCGACAUUGGGGCUGGACUUGGGGGCUGAGAGGGCCAAGGUCGAGGAGAUCAAGGGUCUGGUCAGGAAACAUCUGGUGGAGAAGUACGGGGAGGAUGGGGGGUGGACCUUGACUUGGGUGUCUAUCAUUGCCAGCGGGAGGAAGCCGCCGCGGUCUUGA